UAGGUAAAUGCUACUUUCGUUUUAUCCGAGAUGGCAGGUGAAGGAAGACUGUUGAAGAAUGCAUGGAAGGCCCCUGAAGACGUAUUUGGUCCGAGUGAGAAAUCUCUGAAGUCCCAAAUCCAAGCACAGACAAUGCGUUAUGAUUUCUCUAGUGAGGAAUGGAAUCAAGCUUGUGCCGUUGUGGAUGAUGUCUUAGACAUUAUUCUCGUGGAACUCCAAAACCAAUCACAAAGGUCUUUUGAAGGUUUGACUAUCGAUAAAAGGUUUAUACGUCAAGCAGGUGCAAGGCAAGGAUUGAAAAUUGAAAUCCCAGAUGAAUUUGAUGCCGUUGUUCCUUUCAAACUCCCAGGUCUGCAGAUUCAAGAGGUGCGACUGAAGAAUAACAACGGACAACUUAUUCCAGGACAAAUGCGUCUCAGAAUUAUCAAUAGUGACGACCUUAAGAUAAUUGUUCCCAGACUAAAUAGGCUAGGGGCAUUUCAAAUGGACCAAGGAACAUGCUUCAUAAAUACCAGAGUUCUACAAGAGCAAGUCUUUAAAUCUCUAAUGGAUAAAACGUUGUUUGCAAGCCAUGACACUUUGAUGAGAAAAGGAUACUCUGUCACGCGUGGGUCAAGACCACCAACCAUGAAUAUCACCAUUUCUUCAAGAUUGCCAUUCCACAUUGAUGUUGAUUUUGUCCCAGGUCUUGAUUUGGGACGUGAAGCUGUAAUGAUUCCAGAAUCUGUUACAACGCAUCCAGGAUCCAUUAGGAUCGACUUUCCAAGGUUCGGUCUCAUGAAAUGGGUCAACAAGGAGAAUCCACAUAUAUCUGAGAGAGACAAAGACUUCAUCUGGCGAAAUUGUUCAUCAUCGUAUGAGAGGUAUAUGUUUGAUAUGUGCCUUGGAAACAGAGAAAGACUUUACAUUGUCACAUCUUGUCGAGUCAUGAAAGCACUGGUCAAAGUCCUUAGAAAAAGACAAAACCAUGCCGCCAACUUGCUGACGUCAUACCAUCUGAAGACCGUCGCUAUGUACUGUAUACUUCUGCUGACGGUACCCACAGUGGCUCCACCAGAUCUUCACAUCAGUGGUGUUCGCGAAGCUCUAGGUUAUUUCUUGAAGUUUUUGAAGCUCGUAUUCAAAAAAGAAAUAUUGCCAGAAUUCUUUUUAGGAAAUGAGUACCUGGAUAGAAUAUUCCCCGAUUCUUAUUUUGCAAAUGAACACAGAAAAUAUAAUUUGUUUCAAAAAGAGAAUCCUCAGCAAGUUGAAGCUGCAAAGUAUUGCUUCGGUGAAAUGGAGCAGACUCUCACUGGUUGCUAUAGCUAUGAGAAUGUACGGGAAACGGUUGUAAACCGUUUUGAGAAUCGAGUCCUUAGAAUGUAAAAACAAAACAUUGAGAAUACAAUGGAACAU